AUCCUGAAGAGAGAUGGCACAGUCCCGAAUUGUACCUUGGAUGUUUUAAGCGGCAAAUCAGGCACUAAAUGGGGAGAUAACUACCUGCAACAUGACAUGAUUUUCCUACCUUCAAAUAUUCCCAAGAACCACUGGUUCCUGGCUGUUGUCAACUCCCAAAAGAGGGAGAUUCAAAUUCUGGACUCACUCCAAUCACGCAACAACCGCAAAGAAGUAAUUGCUGCGCUUCUUGGAAUGGAAACACAUAUUGAUAUAGCAGUGAUGCAAAAUGGAAUGCAAGGAAGUACAUGGCCGGACACUCAAGUGGCUUCGUGGCCUAUCAAAGACUAUGAAGUGCCACAGCAAACAGAUGGCUGUUCCUGUGCUCUCUGGGGGUUGAAAUUCAUCCAAUAUUGGACCGGAGUGAGAUUGUCGGCUAUACUCAACCAGGAUGACAUAAGACAGUUCAGAAGAUGGCUUGCUGCUGCCUUGCUCAAUUCACCUCACAAUGAGUUGAAAGUUCGGAAGGCCAUACCAGCAGUUGAUUUAGAAGAUGAUUUAGAAGACCUCGACCUCGGAGGUGAUGACGGACACAACGACAGCGGAGAUGUCUCAGGAGACGAUGGUUCCGCACUAUAG